AUGAAAUCUUCCCAUUUGCAGCAAGCCGUAGCAAAGGAGACUCAGGAGCUUACUGUGGCUGAGGAAAAGCCCAAGGAAGGAGUUAAGACUGAGGACAGUGAUCAUAUUAAUUGGAAGGUGACAGGGCAGGAUGGUUCGGUGGUACAGUUUAAGAUUAAGAAGCAUGCACUUAGUAAACUAAUGAAAGCCUAUUGUGAAUGGCAAGACAAGCCUGCACAGUUGGAAAUGGAGGAUGAAGAUACAGUUGAUGUGUUCCAGCAGCAGACAGCAAGUGUCUACUAA